AUGAUUACGGUUUACACGACAAGUUUGAGUGCUAAUUUAUCGAUGAAAAAGAAGUGUGAUGAGAUUAUUAUGUAUCUUCAAGGUCAAAAGAUAGAACAUACAGUAAUCGACCUCGCUGGAGGACCAAGCAACAGAAAAAGAAUGCUUGAAAAGAUUCCCGAUACAGUUCAACCUCCAAUUCUAGCUCCACAGAUUUUUGCUGAUGACGAGUACAGAGGUGGAUAUGAUACUUUCUUCGGGAUGCGCGAAUCCGAACUGGUGUACACGUGGUUGAGGCUCACUCCACGAGAGGGAUCCCAAGAGUCCCGCCUGGUGAACGAGUACAAGUCCAAGGGAGUGCCGCUGCCAAUCAACUAA